AUGUCUUGCGAUCACAUCCGACACAACUUGGAUGGCAUUCGUGGCCGAGUGUCACAAGCGGUCACCCGAAGAGCUCAGACAUGGGGUGCGCCCGAGAAAGAGGUACGACUGGCGGCCGCAUCCAAGACACAGUCCCCGGAGAUGAUAGUAGAGGCCUACCGGUGCGGUCAGAGGGUGUUCGCCGAGAACUACAUACAAGAGUUGUGUUCCAAAGCCGUGGACCCGUUGAUAGUGGCGGCGUGUCCUGAGAUCCAGUGGCGACUCAUUGGACACAUUCAGACCAAUAAAGUCAAUCAACUCUUAAGAGUCGAUCGCUUGACUGCCAUCGAAACCAUCGAUUCCCAGAAAUUGGCUCAAAGUCUGGAGAAGGCGUUGUCGCAGAGGCAGCGCACCAUCGAUGCGAUGGUUCAGAUCAACUCGGGUGAGGAGGAC